GUCUAUACUUAAAGCAGUAAUAAUGUCGUCAGAAGAUAGUAAACCAAAAGUCGAAGAGGCCACCACUACCAGCACUCCUGCUGUUCCAACAUCCAAUGUUUUCUCGAUGUUUGGAGCUAAGAAGGAAAAGAAGGAAGAACCAGAAGCUGUAGCCGAAGGUGAAGGUGAAACUAAACAAGAAAAGAAGGAAGGUAAAGAAGAUGAAGAUGACAAGGCCGAAGAAGAAGAAGCCGAUGUGCAUUUUGAACCAUUGGUUACUUUAGAAAAAGUUGAUGUCAAAACCAAUGAAGAAGACGAAGAAGUAUUAUAUAAAGUUCGGGCUAAAUUAUUUAGAUUUCAUGGAGAUAGUAAAGAAUGGAAGGAAAGAGGUACAGGAGAUGUUAAAUUUUUACAACAUAAGCAAACUAAAAAGGUUAGAAUCUUAAUGAGAAGAGAUAAGACAUUAAAGAUUUGUGCCAAUCAUUUAAUUUCUGGAGAUUAUGAAUUAAAGCCUAAUAUUGGAUCUGAUAGAUCUUGGGUAUAUAGUGUUGCGGCUGAUAUUUCUGAAGGUGAACCUGAAGCACAAACUUUAGCCAUUAGAUUUGGUAAUAAAGAAAAUGCUGAUAAGUUUAAAGAGCACUUUGAUACUGCUAGAGAUGCUGCUAAAAAGGCAUAAGCGAAUUUAGUUUAAUAUAUUGAAUAUAUGAAUAGUAUUAGUUAAA